AUGGCAGCAAAAACACUAUCCCGUGACACACUGCCUGUACCUUAUGGCAUCAUCAUUGCUGAAUUUAUCAUUACUGGAGCCGCCCGUCGACAAACCCCGGUGAUAGUUGACGACCUUGUCGUCCUAGAAGAUGAGGACUGGUUGGUUUAUGUCGAGCAUGUUCUUCAUCUUGUCACCCAGAUCUCCAACGUGGAAGGUAACACUUCAAGAAGGCAUUUCGGUGUUCAAUUUGCCAAGGAGAUGUUCAAGACUUCGCAAAAGAAUCAAAGUAUGCGAUUCGUACCAUCUACAAGUAAUGUCGUUAUACACCUCCCGUUCCCAUAUGAUAAUUCCUAUAUAACCAUGUCCAAUGCCCUCGCCCAAGUCUGGUAUCAAUCUUUCCCAUCCCCAUGCCAGUCCCGCAAAAACGCCCGGUGA